AUGCCUCCUCGACUCAAUUUAUUCGCUGCCAGUAGAGCGGCUACUGCUCUCCGCCAAUCGAGCGCCUCUUCUAUCGCCCCUCGUGGCAUCGCCUUACCCCUUCGAUUCCACCCCGAGCAGUCAGCAUCCCUCCAGAAAAGAUGGAACUCGUCCAAAGACUCGAAGAAUAUCCAGCCCGAGGAACAGAAGUUUCCCACUCAGGAUCCGCUGCCAUCCGUCACCGAGGAGGCAAUUGAGACUUCACGAAUCAUAGAGAAGGAGAAGAGCUGCGACGGACAUCCAUCUGCCCCGGAGUUGGAGCAAGGAACUCCCGUUGAGGAGAUCCUCCAGCGCGAUGAGAAGGCCCGGAAACUCAUGCCCAAGAUCAUGCAGGAGCAAUUCAAGAAGAAGGGUGAAAUGGAGAGCGCGGAGUCAAAUGACCAAAUGUCCGCCGCUAUCCUUGCCGACAUGAUCGGGCAGCUCGACAAUAAGACAGCUGAAGGACUCCCUGAGGGCUUCAAGUUUGAAGAACCAGCUCCUGUCACCCGGACUAUGAACUUCCGGAAACGUUACGAUUCGAUGCAGGACCAGUUCACUAAAAUGUUGAUGCAAGAUGGCAAACUGGCCCGCGCACAAAAGAACAUGUCUAUUAUUCUCGACCACCUCCGCACUGCCCCUCCUCCCAACAUUAACCCCCGCCGACCCCUUCUCGGAGGACCACCUGGCCCCCAGCUGCCCCUCGACCCUGUGCUUUACCUCACCUUGAUUGUUGACUCGGUGGCUCCCCUCUUCCGCAUUCGCCAGCAGAAGGGUAUCGCUGGUGGUGGUACUGCCGUUCAGGUGCCAUCCCCGCUAGCCCUGCGCCAGCGUCGCCGUGCUGCGAUCAAGUGGAUCAUCGAUGCAUCCAACAAGCGUCGUGAUGCGCAGCUCGCCCACCGUGUUGCCAAUGAGUUGGUGGCUGUUGCAGAGGGUCGUAGUGGUGUAUGGGAAAAACGUGACCAGCAGCACAAGAUUGGUAUCUCUGGUCGUGCGAACCUGGGAAUUGCCCCUCGUCGUCCCGAGUACCCCUCCAACUCCUCUGCGACAGUGGCUUCUCCCAAGAGUCACGAAUCCUUCGAGCUCGCCGAUUUCAACGACGUCACCUACCCGUCCGAAAGAGGAGCUCAUAGUUCCACACCAGCUCUCGUUCGAUCAUUCCCGCGUGCCUUAGGAUCGCCUGAACCGGUCGUCAAUACAGAGCCAUCGACAGAAUCUGGCUCUGGGGCGGACGCAGCUCAAGAGAAAACAUAUUCGUCUGGACUGCUCCCUAGGGGCUUUGUGUCCACACCACUCAGGUUCUGGCGGGAGGCACUUCGCAAUCUAGCAGAUCAAACAAGUCGGAUUCAAGCCGACCUUGAGACUGAGGCCAAGAUGAAGUUCUCGCAUAGCAUUCAGUUCAAUGCUGUGCCUGACUGGAGUAAUUCCUACAUUGCAUACAGUAACCUCAAAAAAUUAAUCUAUACGCUUGAAAAGCAGAUCAACCGACCCGAUGGCCAAGGGGUUUCGGAUAUUGAAUCCGCACCGUUGCUUGGUCCUCAGAUUACGAACCCGGACGGUAUUUUCAAGCGUGCCCUCGAUGCCGAGCUGGAAAAGAUCGUCUCAUUUUAUGAGCAGAAGCAGGCGGAACUUUUUGAGCGUACUGAGCAAUUGGUGCGAGAUGCGGUAGUUUAUCUCAACGACACGGACGGCGUCAACAUGGACCCUGUCAGUGAGACAGCUGUGAAAACUUCUCGUCGUAGGACCAGCAAUGGCGGCUUUGGCCGACGACGCCGAUCAGCUGCUAUCAGCGAUGAUGAUGACGGUGAUAGUGAUGAUGAGCCGUCUGCCUCGCUCGCAAACUCACGACUCAGACGACUAUCUACCGACGGUGAAUCUACAACAGAUGCACAGCCGGAAGAUCUUACAGAUUCCGAAUACUUCGGACAGGGGGGCAAUCGGGACCUCAUGGGCUCUCAACUGGCCGACCAAGAUUUCCUCGCUCUUUAUAAUGCCGGUAUGGAUCUGAAGAAACGUCUCGUUGAAGGCUACGUCACUCUUUGUGAGCUUAGAUCCUUCAUUGAGUUGAACAAGACGGGAUUUUCCAAGGCCUUGAAGAAAUACGACAAGACUCUCUUCCGUAAUCUGCGCCGAGACUAUCUCAACUCAGUCAUCAACCCAGCUUUACCUUUCACCGAAAGCACGAUGGCAACUGUGGACUUUUAUAUUGACAAAGUUGAAGGUGUAUACGCGGACAUAGUGACCAAGGGCAAUCGCUCUCUCGCUAGUCGGGAACUGCGCCUCCAUUUGCGUGAGCAACUUGUCUGGGAACGAAACACUGUCUGGCGUGAGAUGAUUGCCAUCGAACGCCGUGGGCAGGCUCUGAAUGUUGGUAUUCGCCAAACAUUGCUUGGGCCCGAUGAAGAUCCAGAAACCGCCCGACGACAAGGCGACAAGCAAGAGAUUCGCACAACGGAGGUUUCCACUCCUCUUGGUCGGAUUCAGUUCCCUCUCUGGUUUUGUAGCUUGAGCUUUGGUACUUUGGUCCUAAGCUUUGCUGUAUUCGGCGCCCUUCUUUCAUUGCGAAUAAUGGAGACAACCGAGCAGCAAAACUGCUUGGCCAUGCUUGUACUUGUUAGCAUCUUGUGGUCUACCGAAGCCAUCCCCUUGUUCGUGACAUCUCUGUUGAUCCCAUUUUUGGUUGUGGUUCUUGGAAUCAUGCGAUCCGAGGAUAAGCCGCAUAAACGCUUGGGUCCCAAGGAGGCAACCAGCGUGGUUUUUGGUGCCAUGUGGACCCCAGUCAUCAUGCUUCUUCUUGGUGGAUUUACCAUUGCGGCCGCACUAUCCAAGUAUGAUAUCGCUAGACGUAUGGCCAUGUUUGUACUCAGCAAGGCUGGCUCUAAACCCCAUAUUGUCUUGUUGACCAAUAUGUUCGUGAGCAUGUUCCUUAGUAUGUGGAUUAGCAACGUUGCUUCCCCAGUACUAUGCUACUCCAUCAUUCAGCCCUUGCUACGCAACUUGCCUGCGGAGUCGGACUUUGCCAAGGCACUUGUUCUCGGUAUUGCUCUUGCCGCUAAUGUAGGCGGAGCGGCUUCGCCAAUUGCAUCACCCCAAAAUAUCAUCGCCCUGCAGAACAUGUACCCAAGUAUCAGUUGGGGUACUUGGUUCUUCAUCGCGCUUCCUGUGUGUAUAAUUUCCAUCCUGCUGAUCUGGGGUCUUCUGCUGGUAACUUUCCAGCCUGGUCGCAAUGCGACCGUUGUCGCUAUGCGUCCUGUCAAGGACCGCUUCACUGGCAUUCAAUGGUUUAUCACCAUCGUGACUCUUGUCACUAUUGCUCUCUGGUGUGUAAGCCACCAACUCGAGCACGUCUUUGGUGACAUGGGCGUGAUUGCUAUAAUUCCUCUUGUGCUGUUCUUCGGUACAGGUAUCCUUAACAAGGAAGACUUCAAUAACUUCCUUUGGACGAUCAUUAUCCUCGCCGCCGGUGGCCUUUGCCUGGGCAAAGCCGUGACAUCUUCCGGUCUGCUCCAUACCAUUGCCACCGCUAUCACAAUUCGAGUUGAGCACCUCAGCUUGUACAGUGUUCUCAUUGUCUUCUGUGCUCUUAUCUUGGUUAUCGCCACUUUCAUCUCGCACACUGUGGCGGCGUUGAUCAUCCUGCCUCUUGUCCGCCAAAUUGGUGUUAGCAUGGAGGACCCCCACCCGAACCUGCUUGUCAUGGCAAGUGCUUUAAUGUGCUCUGUUGCAAUGGGUCUUCCAACUAGCGGAUUCCCUAAUAUGACUGCGAUCAUGACUGAAGUUCCUCAAACCGGUCAACGAUAUCUCUUGGUUCGACACUUCAUCACCCGUGGUGUCCCUUCAAGUUUGAUGGCCUUCGUGGUGAUCGUGACCCUUGGAUACGGCUUGAUGAUCGUUGCCGGAUUAUAA